UGUGACAAGUGUUUAAUUUGGCGGUAAACUCGUUAGAUACAUCUGUCCAAGUUUAAAUUUCGAAAAAACUUAAUUUAGUAUAUUUAAAGCUUUGUUAUAAUUUCAACCUGUGAUUAUUGUGUACAAAAUAAACUUAAAAAACUAUGGCUGAAAAAUUGGACGAUUUAAAUUUACCAAACGCUGUUGUGGUUCGAAUAAUAAAAGAAUCAAUUCCUGAUAACCAAAAUGCUAUAAUCAGUAAAGAAGCAAGGAUAGCUUUAGGAAAAGCAGCGUCUGUAUUUAUAUUAUAUGUUACAUCGGCUGCAACAAAUGUUGCUAAGAAAAGUUCACGAAAAACUUUAGCGGCCACUGAUGUUAUAGAAGCCAUGUCGGAUUUGGAAUUUGAAAAUUUUGUAGAACCUUUAAAAGAAGCCUAUGAAAAUUUUAAACAAAAUAAAAACGAGAAAAAAGAAGCUACUAAGCAGAAAAAACAAAAUAAACCUGAUGAAACCAUUGAAACGGAUCCCUUGGAAAUUAAUUAAUUAAAAUUAAUUAUAAGUGUAAGCGA